AUGGGCACUGCCAAAUAUCAAAUGGACGCGAAGCGGCAGGCAGCCGUGGCCGCUGCUGAAGAAGCACACUUGGGCCCCCCUCCCACUGAGCCGGACCUGUUGGAGGCCACCCUGGUGAUUCCAGGAAAACACAUGCUUCCUCGCGGCCUAGACGAUCCCACUGCACUCAACGAUGUUCGCAAGAAGCACAAGGUUUGGAUCACGCGAGUCCAGCCCAACGUGUUCGAGCUUCGCAGCAAGCACAUCACGCGGCUGCAGGAAGCCAUAAAGGACAUUAACUGGUGCAUUCACGACAUGAGACUGUCGAGCGAAAACUUGACUACGCGCUUCUUGGUCCAGGAACCUGCCAACGCCCCCAAGGACGCCCUUGUCAAGGUCGAAUUGAACUCGCGUCCCCAUGUUCUAACUGUAAAGGCCACGCGUGGAGAUAUCGCGGCCGUUGCCAAGGACCUCUGCCAUCAGCUUCAGGCCAGUCUCGUCCCGUCGACAGAUAUCCUGCGUGCCUUGGGAGCCGACCUCAGGAUGCGCGUCAACAUUGGCCGCCUGGAAGUGCGCCAGAGAAAGAAGGGCCUGGGCCAGAACAUGUCUUAUGCCGACUUCUCCAAAAUGAUCCCUCAGUACUCUAUCCGCGGCGGUGCCAGCCUGAUUUCUCGCCUAUCCGAUGUCCACCAUGCCUACAAAGUAGUACAGCACUUGCAGAACCCUGUGGUGGGAAUCCUUGGCGUUGGAAUAGACGGAGUGCCCCGUCGGUGCACUGUAUUCCUCAAAGUCCGAGACCAAGAGCUUGUGGCAACCACGCAGGCGCCAACAGGCAAGCAUCCGGAACUACAGCUGUCUGCAGCCAGGAUCAUCAGGCGCGAGAAAUGGCCUCGCUUGAACUGGACGGUGGCCGCACCCGACAUGCAACUUGACUGGAAUCUUCAGGUCGACUCAUGCGAGUCGACAGCAAGCAUUCCGGCUGACCUCCGGGGCAUCAUGGAAAGACUCAAACUGACCUCUCAGGGGGCGGAGGACAACAAAGCCUCGAUGCAAUCACCACGUCUGGUCCUGACACGGCCAGGUGGCGACGAGGUUGAGGAAACCAUACUGAAAACUUCGGUUCUCCUGCCGUUUCGCGACACUCCGUUCCUCGUCGAGAUCAGUGUCUCUCAGGCAUGGCCUCAGAUGAUGACGCACCGAGAGCCAGAGACUUGGUGGGGAAUAGAGUUUUACGGAAAGCACUGGAGUGAAGCAAUCAACAACGUCAGCCCGGGUGAGCGAAGGAAAUAUUGGGGCGAAGGGCUUCGAAAUAUUUGGCCGGGAGGUGACGCCAGCCUAGAAGACCGAUUUCUGGAGUUUCUGCAGCAUGUCGUCAAGAUUCAGGCUGCGUUGGGUGGAGUGGACUGGGACGCGAACAUGCCCCAGAAGGAGGCGUAG